ACAACAAUAAUAUCUCAAAAAUAUAAAUAACGUUUUGGAGUGUUUUGGAGUAAAUUAAAUAUUUAUUAAUUUAAAUUAAAUAUUUAUUGUUAAAUAAUUUUUUAUUAUUUUGUUGAUUAAUUAUUUGUAUUUAUAUAAUGCAAAUAAAUAAUUUAAUGUAAAUUAAAAUUUAAAAAAAAAGCUGAUAUAUCAAAUUUAUUGUGAUUUUAAGGUUAUAUUUCUACAAAAAUUUGAUGAUUUGUUGAUAUAAACAAUUAUUUAAAAUGAGUGUUGUUAUUGAAACGACAAUUGGUGAUUUUACUGUUGAUCUUUUCACAUCUGAACGUCCACAAACAUGUAAAAAUUUUUUAAAAUUAUGCAAAAUAAAAUAUUACAAUUGGCAUUUAUUUCAUACUGUACAAAGUAAUUUUAUUGCACAAACUGGUGAUCCAACUGGAACUGGUAAAGGUGGUGAAAGUAUUUAUAGUAAAAUAAUUGGUGAUAAUGCACGUUAUUAUGAAGCUGAACAAAUACCCAAAAUACGACAUGGAAAAGUUGGUUUAUUAUCAAUGGUUAAUUGUGGUGAUAAUUUACUUGGUUCACAAUUUUUCAUAACACUUGAUGAGGAUUUACAAUCACUUGAUGGUCAACACUGUGUAUUUGGUGAAAUUGUCGAAGGUUUAGAUAUUGUUUUAAAAUUUAAUGAAUCAAUUUGUGACAAUGAACAUCGACCAUAUCAAGAUAUACGUAUAUCUCAUACUGUUAUUUUGGAUGAUCCUUAUGAUGAUCCAAAAGGACUAUUUAUACCUGAACGAUCACCAAGUCCAACAAAAGAAUAUCUCGAGAGUGAUAGAAUUAGAGCUGAUGAGUGUAUUGAUGAUACUGCUGGUAUGACAGCUGAAGAAAUAAAUGAAAUGAGAAAAGAAAAAGAAGCAAAAGCUGCUGCAACAAUUCUUGAAAUUGUUGGUGAUAUACCAGAUGCUGAAAUUGCACCACCAGAAAAUGUUUUAUUUGUUUGUAAAUUAAAUCCAGUAACAAAUGAUGAUGAUCUUGAAAUAAUAUUUAGUAGAUUUGGAAAAAUUAUUGGAUGUGAAGUUAUUCGUGAUCGUAAAACUAAUGAUUCACUUCAAUAUGCAUUUAUUGAAUUUGCUGAUCGUAAAAGUUGUGAAGAUGCAUAUUUUAAAAUGGACAAUGUAUUAAUUGAUGAUCGAAGAAUUCACGUUGACUUUUCACAGUCUGUUUCAAAAAUGCGAUGGAAAGGAAAAGGCCGAGGUUUUGUACACAAUGAUGAUAAACGAGCUCAUCAAAAUGAUGAUUCAUAUAAUAAUAAAAAUAAUCAAUCACGUAAUAAAUAUCGUGAUGAUUAUAGAGAAAGAAAAAAUGAUAAUAAUUAUUCACGUAAAAAUAAAUAUUUAAAUAAUAAUUUUGAUGAUAGAAAAAAUAAUUAUUAUCAUGAUAGAAAAUAUAGAAAAGAUGAAGAAUUAUCACGUUAUGAUAAAAAUCGAGACUACAAAAAACGUGAUGUACAUGAUCGUCAUGAUAGAUUUAGAGAAAAAAAAUAUUCAGAUGAAAAAUAUCGAGAUAGAAGUACUAGAGAUGAAAAAUAUUCAAAUGAAAAAAUUAAAGAAAGAAGUAGAAGUAGAGAAAAAAUAAGAGAAAGAAGUAAAAGUAGAGAUCGAAAAGAUAAAAAUAAAAUUGAAAAAAAACGUCGUGAAGAAGAUAGAGAUAUUGAAAAAUCUAAAAAACAUAAAAAAAAAAGAUCUCGUGAUAGAUCAGUUUCACGUGAACGUUCAUACAAGAAAAAAAAUAAUAAAAAAGAUCGUAGAGAUUAUUAAAACUUGUAAUUAUAAAAGUUAACAAAAAAAAAAAACGACUUAAAUAAUGUAAAGUUUUAUUUUGAUGGUUUUUUUUUUUUUCUUAAAUAAAAAUAAAUGAAAUAAAUAAAUUUUUAUGAAUUGAAAAAUUUCGAAAUACUUUUUCUUCUUGAUUAAUUAUUAUUUUUCCUUUUCAAUGCAUCGAUUAAUUACUUUCUAAAGUAAAUAAAAUAUGAAAAUUAAUAAAUGAUAUGUUACAAUAAACACACAAGACGUUGACCACAAUUUUUUUAGAAUUUUUUUCUAUCAUUUUUCUAUCAUGACGAGUCAUUGAGACAACCACUAAACGCAAUAUAUGUUUUUUUUUUAGCAGCCUUGAAACCACAUGACGUAAAAUAGUUGUUGUAAUAAUUUAGAAAAUUUUUACAACAAUUAUAUUGUUAAUAAAAAAAUACAAAAGAGAAAAUUAAUAUAAAUUUAUCAAAGUGAAUUUUCAAAGUCAUUCCAAUCACUGAUAUCAAUGCAUUUUUAUCCGAUAAAAAAAUCUUGAUAUCU